GAUGAAAAUCUAGCUCCUCCUCUUCUGCAUUGCGGAUGCGGACGGAGAUGCCCGAGAUAAAUCAUGAAAUAAUAAACAACGCACAACCAUGAUAGACAUCUUUAAAAUACCAUAAUGUUGAUUUUUAACAAUGUCUUUACCUCUUUUUAAUAAUAUUUUACCCCUUCCUCUUAUAGUGAUAGUAAACUGAAAAAAUGUAACAUAUUUAAUGAAAUUCUUUUUAUCUCCUGUUAUAUCUUGUAGAUGACAUUUACAAAUUAUUUUUAAAAAUGGGAACCAGAGCAGCUGCCUUUACAGCAAAAAUCCACAAUUUACAGCAUUACAAUGGAAGGAUCAAGCAUAACUUGUUACCUCUACCAUCCGGGGAUGACGUAGCUAACACUUUGAAGUAUUUUUCACAAACGCUUCUGAGUGUUUUAAAAGAUGUGCCAAGCAUUUCUUUUGAUAUGCUCCGUUCUCCGGAGAAGGAUGCAAUCCGCACAUCCCUUUUCCCUAGUUUAGACUAUAAAACACUUCAUAAUGCCCUUGUUGAGCUAGUCGACGCUGUGCCUCUGGUCCAACAUGGGGCACAUGCCCUUGGAUAUACCAUACUGCAUACUCUUGCAUGUCUAGUGCCAUUUCUUGAACAUGAGUUAAUGGAUACUCUCCCUUACUUAGUAGCCUCAACAAUGACUGUCUUUCCUAGCUCCUUACACAAAGAUAUCAUUGAUAUGCUGUGCAACCAUCUUCUCCCGUUUACUUUUCGAGCUGACCCCAAAGAAAAUAAUGAAAGUUAUGCUAGUAUGUCCACUGUUGCUGUAUUAAUGUUGGUUUUCCAAUACACUGAUUGUACAGCUUUCCACUGUCAGGUAUUGGAGUGUCUCAUGAGCCUGAAAAAUGAUAUUGUGAAAGAUCUUCUUUGUGUCAUUGCUCAUGGGACAGCUAAGGCCCGCUGUCAUGCUGUGGAACUUCUAUUUCAGUAUCUUCCCACUCUUAAUCCUGCUCUGCUGGAUAGGAAAGGAAUUGGUAAUAAGCUUAAUGGGUGGCUUCUAGACUCUCUGUGCACCCUCACCUGUCUUGUUCUCUUUCCUACUUUCUCUCCAUCUUCUGUGUCACCUUCCCUAAUGCCUCAAGGAUCAGGCCAUACUGGAUGGAAACCACGGUCUUGUCAGCGGGAAGGCUGCUCUAGCACGUCUUCAAAUGAAGCUGUGAAGAUGUGCUUUGAACAUUCAGUAGCAAUUGCAUCUGGCGAGCACCCACCUCCUUUAUAUAUGUGUGAAGAAUGUGCUGCAGAAGUAGAAAGAGAACAUGGUUCAGAAAAUUUAGUUGAUGUUUUGUUACCAAUGGACAAAGUUUCAGCGACAUGUGAAGUUCCCGACUGCAAAGCUACAGAUAAAUCUGCUGUUGCAACUUGUUUCUCUAUUGAAUGUGCCAAAAGAAACAGUCACCGUCCAAUCAGAUAUUGUGCAGAAUGUGUGUUGACAUAUCAUAAUGAAGAACAAGGAGCAGAUCACAUGCUUCAUACAACAAUACCUUCACCAUGGAGCAUGGAUCUAGAAACACAAUCAUAUAUGGUCGAAGCUGUUGUAAGUUUGCUUCAUGAAGCUGAGCCUGUUAAUCAAAAGCAUGCACAAGAGACUGGAAAUGGGCAAGAAGAUGGAGAAGAAAGUCGAGAAACUACUAUCGUGGAGGAGCGCCAGUUAUUGAGCAAAUAUGGUAUCUGGCUUUUAGUUGGUCUUUGCACACCCAAUGAGCACACGCCUGAUGAAUCAUUAGGUAGACUGCUGAGCAUGCUUUUUCAGUGGUUUCAUUAUACAGCUUGUCUGCCUGAUGUUCAUGAGUUGAGUGCUCUGGAACGCUUAAAGAAAGAGUAUAUUCAUGGAUGGUUGAUGGAAGUUGUUAAAACACAUUUUGAAGUUUUUGUUUCUUGUUUACUUCCACACCCAGCUGAUUAUGCAAAAGUUGGAGGUCACUGGGAAUCCUGGCCAUCAUAUCCUGUUCAAAUCAAAGAAGGAUUAAAAAGAUUAAUUUGUCUAGCCCCAUAUGAUAUUCUCACUGUUGAGGUGUGGGAGUAUAUCAUGCCUUAUUGGAUGGAUGCUCUCAGGCAUGAGUCAGUUGAAGCUGAAUUCAAUGAUCUUAAAAUCCUGCUAAGUAAAGUUCUAGAUCCUGAUUUGAGUCCACUUGCCUUCACUGCUGAGCAGAUGUAUAUGUUUUUGAUAAAGAGGUUUAAAAGUUCUUCCGCUCCUGUACAAGAGCAAGCUUUAUAUUGGUUGCAGAUUUUGAGUAUGCUGGAAGUACCAGUUCCUCUAGAAUUACUUUAUUCUAUGUUCAAUGAUGGAGUGAAAAACAUGACAUCCCGAGACAAAACAAAACCAGCUCCCCAAGCACCAGGUUGUACUCUCAUACCACCGCCAUCUUUGGAACCCAAAGGCUCUUUGAGAUCACAGCGGAAUUUGAUGAAUGUGCCAGAGGAAGAAAAUCCACUUUUGGAUGUUGAAUAUAAAUCAGAUGCUGAAAUUGACUUGCCAUGCUAUAUAUUGAUGUUAGAUAUCCUUAUCAAACAGCUAGAAUUGCAUGAUAUUAAUCAGCACAAAGGAUUUGAACAUUCAGAUGCACAAAGUGUUCUAAGUUUGAUACGCAGCCUUGUGGAGGCUCCUUGGGAAGGUACCCAUACUUGCAAUGAGCCAAAUCAAAGUCUUCAGUGCAUCUUCUGCGAAAUAUGUGCAAUUUUCUUCCAACUGAGCCUCACUCUCAUCGAAUUCUUCUCACCAGUGAUGGAAGUAUCAAUGGCUGAUGUUCCUGAUGAAUCCAAAGAAGUAUCUGAAGUAAAAUACCCCCGUGAGAGUACACCGGAGCCAGCUGUAUCAGAAAGUAGAAUUGAUGGAGAAAUUUCUUCUUCCUCUCCUCGCAAAGAUGAUAAUGUUUCCCAUCAUAGUGUUGUUAAUUUCUUUUCUGAUGAAACAGAAGAUAGUGUUUUUGUAGGGCAUUCUUCACCUAUCAAAACUGCAACUGUUUUGGAAUGCACUGCUGAGUUAGAUACUGUUUCCAUGCUACCAACUGAAACGGUAGUUGCUGCUGUUGCUAAAGAAGUUACACUUACUGAUGAUGAUGUUGCCAGUGCAAAAUGUACUGUUGCAUCACCUAUACUCAUGGAUGAAAAUAACAUAGGAGCUACACAGAGUACAGAUGAAUCAGCAUUUUGGCAUACAACAGAAGGAAAAUUUAAAUUCACAAUAGAAGAACUGCCACCUCAGCUACAGUUGUUUUAUUUGUUAUUGAAGGAUCUUGCUGUUUUUGAAGAUGCUGAUGUUUUGUAUCACAUACUUGCUUGUCUCAAGGUUAUGUGUUUGCAUUCAGAAGUAUUGAAUAAAGCUGCACACAAUCAUCGUGGAUUUCUUAUUUGGUGCCAAGAAAAUAUUUUAGUUAUAAACCUCUGGAAGCUUCUUCAGAUGGAAUUUUCCCAUAUAGCUCAACUUGCCACUUCAUUACUUCUACAUUCAAUAACCCUCCUUUCUGGUUUUGAGACGUUUUGGAAAAUUUUAGAGGAAGAAUUUCAUAGUAAAGAAUGGAGAACUAGAUUUGCUGCUGUUGAAAAGGUUACUGUGAUAGCCCAUUUUGUUGAUUCAAUAUCUGUGAAGAACAGUCCUUUGAUGCAGUCUGCACUGGCUGGUGCUUUCUCCUACUUAGUACAUAGCUUGGAUGAUGAACAACCUGUCAUUUCACAGAGAACAUUAUUAAAUCUUGAUAGCAUAAAAACGCCAUCUCUAAAGUUGUUUGUGUGGUGCUUGGAGAUACAAUUUGAUAGUAACAUCACAGAUCGUCCCAUGAUUCUACAAACGAUAUUUCAAAUACAUAAUCAUCUUGCAAAUAAACGCUUCCUUACGUGGGAUUUCUUUUUGAAUCGUUUUGAUACUUUGUUUCUUGAGGACCAGAUUACAUUAGAAAAACUCGGAGACAUAUCUUACGUUAGAGAUUUGAAAAACACAAAUGUAAAUAGUGAAAUGUUCCAAAAGAAACUUAAAAGAGCUCAAGAAGCUUUAGCUCAAACUAGCCAUUCAAAAUCUCUGACUUCAAGUUUUGGUGGGAAGAUGCCAUAUAAAAGAACAAUGUCAGCCCCCAGUCCUUUAAUUUUCUAUCAAGACAAAAUUGAUAAAGAUAAAUUUUAUGAAAGGCAAUCAUCUGCACCAGUAUUAAAGCGCAAAAGCUCUCGCUUAAUAGGAAGUACUGUUGGAGCACUAGGGCCUUUGCAGCAUUUUCCUAAUAGUUUUUUCACAGAGGGUCAUUUAAAAGAUACAGUGCAAGAAGAGACUCAUUUCUUGAAUGUACUUUAUCGAGCAAUGGAUAUUGAUGAUCAUGAUAAGGAAACACUCCCACUACUAAUAUUCCUCCUCAUGCAGUUUUUAUCACGUCCUGAUCCAAUACAUCGUUCAGAUGACAAGAUUACUAGAAGUCAGCAUAUCGUUUUACGUCAUCUUAAUAUUCUCCUUGGCUACAGCUACAACCAAGGGGAAGGAAGAUUUUUAUUGCCACCAUAUAAAGUUCGGAGUUCCAAAGUGUUCAGUACAUUUUUAAUGUGUACACCAAAGGUUCUCGAUUACAAUUUUAAUAUGGGAAAUUAUUUGCUUACUACAUUUUUAUCAGUACUUGUUUGUUGCCCAUCUCCUCAAAGGUAUCCCAGUGAGCAUUAUCCUCCAUCUUAUUCUUUGUGGAUGUUAGAUUCUUUUUGCCGUCAUUCAUGGCUUCAAGCUACUUUAGUUAUUAUGUAUAAGUAUCACUAUGACACAUUCCCAGUCAACAGAUACGUUCAGUGGCUAAUUCUCAUAGUUUUAAAUACAUUGAAAACGCAGCAUCAUCGAUGUAAGCAAAUGCAUGAACCCCUUCUCAGUCCUUUGCCAUCUAGAUCUCGAGACUUCAGUACUCCAUCAGCUGACAUAGAGCAUAUGAUUGACAAAGAUGCAGCUUUUGAAACUUAUUCUUUACAUGAAGAUUCAAAAUCUCUUAAAGGGAAAAAUAAAUUUACGAUAUCUGAAAGAAGUGAAGAUAGUAUUGACCAACAAAACCAGAAACAAAUUUCUAAAGAAAAGAGCCAUCAGUGGAAAUCUUGGAAAUCUAGUGAACGUAGCUGUUCCAGUGAAGGUGAAGAUGCUGAACCAGAGCUAGAGGCCAUUCCUGAAAGUCCCAAAUCGGAAAGUUUUGAGCUAGAGCAGUUUACUUCUGAUUUAUACACACAAAGCGUGGAACAAGCAUGUGCGAAACUUGUCAAUGAGCCUUUUUCAAUUGGAGAGAGUGUUAUUGUUACUAGUCAGUGGUCAAAAAUUGCUGAAAAGGCUACAGUUUCUAAUUCGGAGGACACUGUUAUUAAUCUUUCAGAUGAAAAGUAUCAAGAUAUGCCUCAAAGUUCUGUCUCUUCUGAAGCUGAAAAUGUAAGCAUUGUCGAAAAAUCCUCAGUUGAAGUUAUGGAAAAAAAUAUUGAAAAAUCUUUCAUUUCUAAUGAAGAUGGAAAAAAGAGCAAUUUCAAACCAGAAACCAAAAAUAUUCCUCAGCCCUCUGGUGUUACCGAAAUUUUACGAAGCACAAAUGAAAGAAAAGAUUCCAUAACAGAAAGCUUGAAAAGCGAUAAAUCUGUCGUUUCUAAAGAUGCAGCGCCUGUUGAAAAACCUGAAGUUGUUCACCGCUAUUUGAAAAAACAUCAGACGAUAUCAGAUAAUUCAAACUUAUCACCUAAAUAUCACAGAAAACAGUCUGAUGCUAGGCCUGAUCUUACCAGAAUGAAAAGUUUGCCAUUUGAAUCGUAUCAACAUCAGAGUGUUUGCAGAAGUAAAACGGAUAGCAAUAUUCUCGAUUUGCCUCAAAGUGAUGAAAGCAAAAUGUCUCAUUCUAGAUAUCCGCAUUCCAAAGCAAUGCAGAGUAAAGGGGGUGCUCAUUCUAAAGCUUCUAGGAAAAUAGAAAUGCUUAGCAGUGAAAAUUUGACUGUACCAAUUUUUAGGCCUCCCUUAGAAAGAUUAUUACCUAUAGGAAUUCCAGAAAGAGAGAAACCAAAAAGGAAUGAGACUUUGUCUAGUAUAUCACCAAAUACGUCAUUGGACCAAAGUUUGCAAAGGGACUUUUCCAUGUCAAAGGAAGUGAAUGUAUCUCGAGAUCUGUGCGAAGAUAAAGGUGUUCAAACUGGUAAUGUAGAUUUGUUCAUUAAUAUACCUGCUCCAGAAAGAUUGCUCCCUGUUGGACCAAUACCAGCUAAGAAAGAUUGGUAUCCAGGUUCUAAAUCAGACUCUGAAACAAUUAUUGAAAUAGCUCAAAAAAGCUUCAUUGGUACUAAGGAAGCGUCUAAAGACCAACGAACAAAUAGUCCCGAUUUCGAUAGGAUUAUGGACCAAAAUUUGAAAAAGGAACAGGACUUAAGUAUCACUCAUCCAGGAAAAGAGCUUCCUAUUUUAGAACUUGACACUUCUAAACAUGAAAUUAGUGAACCAUUUGAGACAAAACUGUUACCAAAAGACAGCGCACCCAGUAAAAAGGAUGCUGAAGAAUCAGAAGGAAGUGCAUUAGGUGCCAUGGCUAGUGGAAAUUUCAUAAACAGGAUUUUCGAUCUGACCCCUGAAAUCAGUUGUCCAGCCUCUGCCUUUGGUGUCUUCGAUGUCUGCAAAAAUGCUAUGGAUAUGAGAAACGAAGAAAAUUUGCGACAUGAGAAGAAACAGAAAGAGAUUGAAUCUGAUUGUCAUCAGAACAGUGGAGGCAGUAUGGAAAUUUUGUCUAAUGAGAAAGCUAGGCAGUCAUUGUCACAUGAUAACAUAAUAACAAGGAAUCUCGAGAAGGCAUUUGAGGAUGAAGUAAAAUGCAGACUUCCUUACAGACAACGGAAACAAAGAAAGUCAGGAAUUAAUACUUUAGAAGCACAGAGAAGUUUUGAUUACCAAAAUGCUGGUCAAAGAAGGAUGAGAAAAGUCGACAUGAGCAAUAUGUCAAGUGCCAGUCUUACUUCUAAGCGUUCAAGUACAAGCCAGUCGUCUUACCCACGCAUAGGAGAUGAUAUGGUUAUUGAAAGGUGCACUGAAUGUGGAGCUGUAAUUGAAGAAUAUAGUGACGAGGAAAUAGGACUAUGCAUUGUUAUUCUUUCCACUUUUGUUCACCGAGAACCAGCAAUGGCAGCUCCUUUAUUGCCAAAAAUGUUGCGUAUUGUGGCCAGGAUUGCAUCUUCGCCGAAAUAUCCAUGGCAGGGAGAAUGUAACAUACAUUUACCUGGUGGAUCUGUUAGUGUAGCUAGACAAUUUCUUAGAUGUACUCUGCACCAGUUAGCACCAAAUGGUAUCUUUGUUCAGAUAUUCCAAUCGCAUAUCAUAGAGCCAGAAUUCUAUAAAACUAUGGCCUGUGCCUUAGCUGAUUUUCAAGAGGUUAACCAGGUCACACCUUUGCUUUUAUUGUUUGAGAAUCUGAAUGAUCGAAAACAUCUACACCAUGAAGUAGUGUUUCACAUUUUGGAAAAUGUUGCUACUUACUUGGACUGUUUGCCUCUUGAAAGCUGUAUGCCACCUUGGGUUUCCUUCCUUCAGCAACUGGAUCUUUUCUUGAGAAAAAUCCUCCUUACACUCUCACCUGGUCCCAUACAACUCAACAGCGUUUUGCAAAUAAUUUUAUGUGCUUUGAAGUUACCCAUCAUAAAAGAAGCAAAAUCUAUUUUAGAUCCGUUUUCCAAAAUCUUAAGUCAUGCAAUACAACACUCCUCUCUGGAUUAUCACCAGCUAUCAGAAUUGUGCACUAUCUGUAACAGAAAUGUUCGGGAGCGUGAUAAAUUACUUCUAACUCGGACAGCUGUUUUUGAGUUGGUUCAGGCUUUGAAAUUUAAAACAUCUGUUCCAGAUGCUAAUUUAUUGACAUUAGUUCAGUUUAUCUUGGCUGAUUGUGGUGGCCGUUUAGCUCCAAAUGUUAUUCUCGAUUCAGCUAAUGUAUCAUUAGAAUCACAAGCUUUGUAUAAAACUUUAGCUGGUGAAUGCAUGCAACAGUAUUUGAAUGAUGCCUUGGAAUUCGUUGCUGAUGUCCAUACACUUACUAAAGUAAAGAAUAUGUUAUAUGGAAAUAGUACUCAUUUAAAUGAAGAAACUCUGGGUGGACAUUUAAAAGCUGGUUUGUCUCAGUUCUUAGCUAUAGAAUUCUCCAAAAACAAUGGCCGUGAUAAUAGGGCUAUAAACAGAUAUCUCCCUUGGCUGUAUCAUCCACCAACUACUUUGCAACAAGGGCCUAAAGAAUUUAUUGAUUGUGUAAGCCACAUUCGUUUGCUGUCUUGGCUACUCUUAGGAGCUCUUAUUCAUAGCGCUUUAAUGCAGACACCAUCGGUAUGCCAACCUAUACCGCUGGAAGCAAAUAGCCAUAUAGCUGAGCAUAUCCAAGUUAUUUUAGCAGGAUUUUCUGAACAGUCAAAGGUUUCUGUUCUUCAUAUGUCCUCAUUAUUCCAUGCUUUUAUUUUGUGCCAGUUGUGGACUAUGUAUUGUGAGCAUAUGGUUGCAUUAAAUCCACCUGGAAGCGAGCAGAACCAAGUGUGUGGUUUAACACUCACUGACUUUUGGGCCAAAGUGACUCCAGGAAUUCUGCAACUUGUCUGCCAUUCUAAGUUGGCAGAGAUGGUCAGUCUUCACUUUUUGAGUCUCAUGGAAGCAUUGCAAGAGUGUAAUUCCACUAUACUUGCUCGGUUACUUCCUAUGUGGACUCCAGUGCUGUACAGUUUCCAAGGGCAUCUCUCUGGCAACUUACAUUUAAGAUUGCAAGCAUGUGUUAGUUGUUGCCCACCUACAAGAUCAAGAGAAGAAACUGCUGCUAUCAGCACAACAUUUUUACGUUGGUUACAACGUUUACAGUUUAAGAUGGGCCAAAUUGAACUGCAGUCUUCAACAGCCACUCAAUUUUACUCUUUGUAGUUUAUUUCAAUUUUAAAGACAUGGUAUAAUUCUAGCAUUUGUUACAAGAAGCAUUAUUUAAAUUAGCAGUUUCUUUAUUUAUAAUUUAUUUUAUCAGAUUAUUGCAACAUUGCAUUUUAUUUCAUAUUUUUCCGAACUGCGAUAAUUUAUAUUUUUCAUGUUUAUUAGUAAAUAGUCUUAUGUGCAAUAUGUUUUGUUGUGUCAAAUUUUGUUUAUUUUUAUAAAUAUUUUAUUUAUUUUUAUUUAAUACUUUGUUCUUGGUUUU